GCAGUUAAGCCCAAUGAUGCCCUGUCUUCCAGGGAAUUUACUACUGCCACGGACCUGCCAGGACUGUCGUGGGCCACCUAUUCAGAGGAGGCAGACAACACCCGCUACUCUAGUUUAAGAUGCUGACACUGGGCAGUGUUUUACUGCUUAUGGUAGCAGCAUCUGUUGCCAGCAUAGGCAAGGAUCCUACCCUUGAUUCAGACUGGGAACGCUGGAAGACAAUCUACCAAAAGCAGUACAGCAGUGAAGAGGAAGAGCUUUCCAGGCGCUUGAUCUGGGAAAAAACCCUGAAAAUAGUUACAGUUCAUAACUUGGAAGAGUCAAUGGGAAAGCAUUCAUACACAAUGGCCAUGAAUGGCUUUGCAGACAUGACAUCUGAGGAAGUAACGGCUACAAUGACAGGGCUCAGGGUAUCCGACUCAGAAAUGGAUAACCUCACAGCUGACUGGCCUCAAGAAAGUAUUCAGGAUCAGGCCCCAGACUGCAUAGAUUGGAGGAAGAGCGGUUAUGUCACCAAUGUAAAGAACCAGGGAUCUUGUGGUUCUUGUUGGGCUUUCAGUGCCGUGGGGGCCUUGGAAGGACAACUGAAGAAGAAAACAGGGCGUUUGGUGUCACUUAGUCCCCAGAACCUAGUAGACUGCUCCUGGAAAUAUGGCAACCAUGGUUGCCACGGAGGCUUUAUGACUAGUGCCUUCAGAUAUGUUAUAAACAACCAUGGCAUUGACUCAGAAACGUCGUACCCAUAUGAAGGUCGGGACAAUCAUUGCCGUUAUAAAACUUCUGGACGGGCUGCCACCUGUGUCAGCUAUAAAAAAAUACCUAAAGGAAGUGAAACUUAUCUUGAAAGAACAGUGGCUUCAGUGGGACCAAUAUCGAUUGCUAUAGAUGCAAGUUUGAGAUCCUUCCAACAUUACCAUAGUGGUGUGUACUAUGACUCAAAAUGCAGUUCUUCACAUAUAAACCAUGCCGUUCUUGUUGUGGGAUAUUGUGUGGACAAAGGUGUGCCAUAUUGGCUCGUCAAAAACAGCUGGGGAACCAGAUGGGGUGAUCACGGUUAUAUCCGGAUGGCAAAAAACAGAGGCAACCUUUGUGGAAUAGCUUCAUUUGCCAACUACCCAGUGAUGUGA